CUGAACAACUAUCUAUCUGUCUAUCUAUCAAGAAGGGUAAUUAAAAUGAAAGCACAGUGCUAGUAUAGUUGCAGUCGGGAUUUUGAGAGAAUAAAAAUCAGUGUUAAGAACGUUGUUUUGCUAACUGUACAUGUCAUGUUAGCUGGGUCUUACGUUAUCUGUGGAAAAGCCAAUAUUGAGUCACCGUCUGUAAAACGCUGUGAAAUAACUUUGAAUCUUACAGUCGUGAAGAAGAAAGGUAGCAUUUGCAGUUUUUUUUUCUCACCGAAGAGAAAGGUGACACAAAUAGAAAAUGAACAAUUGAGUAAGGGUGAUGUGGAAGGAGAGAGAGAAGGGCAAAAGAAAUGGGAUGAAAUACAAGGCAAUGGUGACCAGGGACAGGAGGAGGUUGGAGAACGCCACAGUGCUGAAGAGAUGGAGGAGGCAGAAAGCGGGAACGAUGACGUGCAGGGUUCAGAGUUCAGAGAGUGCCUGAUCCAUCAGCAACCAUCUCCAGUCGAGCUGGUCCUCAUGACGUAUCCAAGUCCAGGUACGAGGUGCCAGCGCAGCCAAUGCGAGACAGUUUCCCUAAGACACUCCAGGGAGGAGCCAGAAGAAGCUUCCGCAGCGACUGGUACAAAGUUCAUCCCUGCGUUCUUCACGUGCCUCCCGCUUCACGACCCACUCCAACGACACCGUCAAGCUCUUCCACCUCCUCACAUUUCCUGCACGUUCCUUGUUCCUAGGGACCACGAUCACGCCUUGGAUACACGACCUCUGAGCCACUACUAAAUAAACCAUUCU